UUUAUAAGUUUUAAUAUCACACUCAUCUGUCUAAGAAAAAUAUGGAAGAUUCCGGCAAAAAAGCGAGACUUUUCAUCAAGCCUACAGACUCUGAUUACGUGAGACUAGCAAAGCAAGGGGGAGAAAAGGAUUUGUUAGUUUCGCAAGAUAUUGUAAAGUCCGAAGCAGCAAAACCUUACUCAAAAUGUGAAUGGUUCGACCAUAUUCAUAAUGAGGAAGAGGAUGCCAGAAAUAGAAGGACCAGUAAUCAGGUUGCGGAUAAGAAAGUCCAUGAUGCACAGGAGAACGACUCAACUCAGCAAACAGCUCGUCAAGAAGGGAAUAAAAUAAAAGAAAAAUAUACAAGAGGGGGUGCCCCAUUUCACACUGAUAAUAUGUCUGUUUGGGAACGCAAGGCAAAGGCCCCAGAAACACCAGAGCAAAGAGCUGCUCGCCAGGCGAGAAACCCAAUUUACUGAAGAGUAUUGGGAGUACGAAAAAAAAAGUUCGCAGGCAUGAACUGAACACAUUUCUUUCACCAUAGAAUUCACUUUUUGAAAUAUAGAAGAACAAAAUUCUCGCUUCUUCAAAAAAGGUGCUUUUAGCUGAUGGUGCAUUUUUAAUUUGAAAAAAAAAAAUUAAAACGACUGUUUGUUUAAAUUUCAACCAGUGUUAUAUAUUACAUGAGUCUCUGUGGUUUGUCAUUCCAUUUUAUUUGUCAAAUGUAAAAACGUAAUUGUCAUGAUUUUCGUUUUAUUUUUUUUUUGUAAUUCUGUGUCAUAUUUUAGGUUUCAAAAUGGAAUUUUUGUAACAAAAUAGUCAAACUAUUAUUCCGAUUAUCCGACAGGUUUUAUUAGUAGUCAAAAUAAUUUGACUCCUUGCACCUCUUAAAUUCUUCCCGAUAUCAGAAUUUAAACUUUUCGAUUUUAAAAUUUGUAUUCUGAGUUUUUCAUAAUUGAGCCUAAAAUGUGAUACUGAAGAACACUGUUUUUUUUAUUCCAAUUUUUCAGUUUUUAUGGAAGUAUUUUGAAAAAACAAUCUGUAAAAGGUGACUGAUUUUGCACCUAAAUUUUAUUUUUUCAUUUUUGUGAUAUCAACCUAUUUUUAAAAGGAAUAGAUUUUUGUCACUGUGUCGAAAUACUAUUUUCAUGUAACUUUUUGUUGUUCUUCGGUUGAUUUUUAGCUAAGAUUCUUCAUUUUUUUGAAAUCAGUUCUAACUAAGUAUAUGUGAAUAUAAAACAGCAUUCAAUAUGCUAAGUUCUGGGAUUCGGGUUGAUUUUUAGGUAAAAUUCAUCACAUUUUUUUGAGCUUGGACAGUAUAAGAAUGGCUUAUAAAUAAUUGUUUUGAAUAAGAAUGGCACCAUUCCAAAUUUAGGAAAUACAAAGAAUUGAAACGUGUGGAAUUUAUAUCAAAUUUACAUGUUACGAUUUAUAUAUAAUGUUACAAAAGACUUGUUUUAGAAUGGCUAUCGUAGUUGCUUGGUGUAAAUGUAAAGCUUGAUUUUGAAACGAUUCCCCUCCAGAUUUUUAAAGUUUGAAGAUAUAAUUUUUAGGGAUUUCUUAAACUAUAAAAGACUUCUGUAAAGGUUGUAAUGCCAGAAUAGCAAUACGAUUUAAUUCUUGCUACCUCCUUUCCAGGGUGCUCUGUUUUACCUAAAUCUGAUAUUUUUUAUAAAACCCUUAGGGAAUAGUCUAUUUGUAAGAUAUUUGGCGUUGAGACUGGUACGCACGUGCUGCAUUAAAUUGAGACUGUACAGCUCAUUUAGUUUAUUAGAAAAUUUAAAACUCAGUCAACUUCAACAAUUUUGCUCGUGUACUAAUACAAGUUUUUAUCAAUUUUUCAAAAGCUAAUAACAGAGCUGUUUAUAUAUCUUAAAAAGCCAUGUUAAGGAAAAUAUAGAGAUGUUUUUGAAGUAUUUAUUUUAACUAAAAUUCCAGUUUGGAAGCGAAAGGUUUCGUUGGCUUGCUUGUAACGAUAUAUCUGUGUGUAAAAGGUACCAGAAUGGUUUCAUUUACCAGUAUAUAUGGUAUGUGUCUCAUUUAAAAGCAUUCUUCUCUUGGAAAUAAUAGUAACUGCUCACAUAACUGUAUAUCCAACUUUCUGCCAGCUGAAAGCCGAUUGUUGAGUCUUGAUUUUGCUGGUCAUGUCUGCAAAAAAAAAUUCUGUAUUAUGGCUGUAUUUUGAUUAUUUUACAUUUAUGUAAAUAGGUUCUCUUAUGAGAUUUAUAAAUUCAUUUGCAAAAAUUCGAUUUGUUGAGAGUAUUCCCGCUACUAAGCGCCAACUCUCCUGUAUUUAGGAAACUUAUGUAGUAAUAUUAGAAAGGACCCUUGCUAGACUUUAGGUACCAUGUGUUUACUCUUUUGUUCAUGUUAUUUACAGUAAUUCAUUUGCAACUGAAUGAGUGCUGAUGAGAGAAUUUAUAAACAGGGACAUUUUGCAUUUAUAUGUGAUGAAAAAUAAAAUGGGGUCCAGUCAUAGGAUGUUAUGUUUUGAUUAUAUUUUUGUUUUUAAAAAAGCUUUUAAUGUUUUACCAUAGCCCUGUUUAUUCCAACUAAAGAACUAAAUGUACAUAAAUUUCUUUUGUUGAUUUUACGUUUCGUUUUAGGCUGAUUUUGAACACUAUUUAGAAUUCACUUUUCAAACUCACUAAUAAAAUAAUUUAGCUGAA